ACGUGGAAGCUGAUUCAAAACAAACCCAAACUGCCCUCCGGUCCUGCGGUCACCCUGAGACGUCCGGGUCCGCUGUGGUCCAUGAUGGAUCUGCCGUGCGCUCAGUGGCAAGAUCACGUUGCAAUGAAAUGGAGCGAUCUCGAGCCCAAACUAAAGGAACAGUUUGCAUCCCUGCUUGAAAUAGAUGAAGUUUUUAAGUGUGCUUUAAGUCUCGUGAAGCAAGAUGAUCUGGAUUUCUUGCACUCAGUAUGUGCAGGAUAUUCAGUGCAGAAGGAUGCAGCGCUAGCAGCCAAGUGUAGGGAAAAGGGAAACUCCUGCUUCAAGACCAGAAACUACACUGCAGCUGCUCUCCACUACUCAAAGGGCGUCUGUUUUGCUCCCCGAAGUUCGGAGCAGCUGUCUCUGUGCUACGCCAACCGCUCUGCUGCGCUCUACCAUCUGCAGCACUACCAGGAAUGCCUUGAUGACAUUGACAGAGCCGUGAAGAAUGGCUAUCCCUCUCAUCUUUUACACAAACUGGAGGACCGCCACGCUCUGUGCUUUAACCAUCUCUCUGUACAUGAAAAGGGAAGUGACGAUGAUCAAAACACUGCUUUAAACGAUUGUAAAGGUUCAGACACAGCAAAUUCACCAUCUGCUGGGCCUCUCACAUUUGGGAUUUGUCCUCAAGUUGUUAUUGGCUCCAGUGUGGAGAAAGGUCGACACCUGGUGGCUGUAGAUAGAAUAGCACCUGGGGAGGUGAUUGUUACUGACAGGCCGUACUGCUGUGUCCUCAUACCAAGAAUGGAGGAAGUGAAAGGGACGGUGGGACGGUACGGCAGAGAGACAGAAGUGUUGUUUGGAACAGAGGACAGGCGCUGUCACAGGUGUUUGGCUGAAACGUUGAGUCCUGUACCGUGUGAGGGGUGUAGUUACAGCCGAUACUGUUCCACUGCCUGUCAGCAGGAAGCCUGGGAAGAACAUCAUCGCUGGGAGUGUGCACUGGGUGCAGAUCUGAUGGUGAUGGGUGUGAUGCCACAGCUCGCUCUGAGGGUAGCUCUCAAGGCGGGUUUAAAAAACUUCCUACAAGCAAGGGAGCCAAUCGGAGAUGAGUGCAAGAAGUCAAAGCCGAGCUGUUUUAAUAAUCACUCAAGUGAUCCUUCUACGUCACCCUGCGGAAGCUCUUACCUGAAUGUGUAUAACUUACUGCAUCACCUGAAUAACCACAGCCCUGCUCUGCGUUUCCUGUGUGCGGUCACGGUAGCAACAGUCUACCUGAAGCUCAGCAAGGCAGGACCUCCACCUGGAUCUUGGAGUCAUGCAAGACUCUCGGCAGCAACCAGCCAAAUCCCACAUGGACCAAACAAGAAGGAAGGAGACGCUGAUUGGAAUGCAGAACUAUGGCUACUGGGAAGUGCAGUUCUACGGCACGUCCUGCAGCUGAGGUGCAACGCCCAGGCAAUAGUUGUGCUGCAAGAUACAGGAGCGACAAACUCAGCGGUGCAGUCCAAUAGGGAAAUUCGCAUUGCUACUGCAUUAUUCCCAACUCUGAGUCUUCUCAAUCAUUCCUGCUGCCCCAACAGCAGCCUGGUGUUCAGUACCGGGGACAUUAUUGAUCCUUCUGGUUCAGCUCUGUCUGCAGACUUCAGUGAGAGUCAAGCUGAAUACAGGAGCAGGGCACGGGGAGUCACUGUAACAGUCAGAGCAGCCAAGCUUAUCACUCCUGGACAAGAGAUCUUACACUGCUAUGGUCCUCAUAGCAGCAGGAUGGUGACCCAAGAACGCCAGCGUCUUCUGCAAGAACAGUACUACUUCCUGUGUCAGUGUGAGGCCUGUAGCCAACAACACCAGGAAAACGUGGAGGAGCCCAUACAGCAGUGGCCGAGUGCUGAGGGUAGUCCACGCAAGCUUGGACUCCUGUGCACCAAAUGCAGAGGACCUCUCAAAAAAAGCAGUGAGGACAGAGAAGCCGGAUUUGUGUGUUCCUGUAGUCAUUAUAUCUCUUCAUCCGACGUGAAGAACAGGCUGCAGGAGAUCAGGGUUAACCUGGAGAAGGCUGUGGACCUCAUGGAGACAGACAGGCCAGGUGAGGCCCUCAGACUGCUAAAAAAGACUCAGUGUCAAUCUGGGCUUAUUCUUGCAGAAACACACCCGCUACAGGGGGAGCUGGCUGAUGCCACAGCCAGAGCUUAUGCUUCUAUGGGUGACUGGAAUAAUGCAGCAUUCCAUCUGGAGCUAAGUGCUGUAGCUAUUGCCUCACAGUUUGGGGAAGAGAGCAUUGAACUGGGUCGACAACUCUUCAAAUUAGCUCAGCUACAUUUCAAUGGUGGUUCCAGAGGGCCUGCUCUCUCUGUCAUCCCCAAGGUCAGGCGACUUCUCUGCCUUCACUGUGGCCCACACUGUCAUGAAUUACAGGAGCUGAAGGCUAUGGAAGACUGCUUACAAGGGUAGUCUUAAAAAAAACCACAAGUGUAAAAUAGAAUUAGUUUUGUACUC